AUGGAUUACUUCAAGUCGAUCCCGUGGUGUGCCGCUAUCUUAGAGAAAACUGGCAUUGUUACAUUCACACCCACAUGUCGACUACAAGAAGAUGCGAAUGGGUAUUGCCCAACACAAGAUCAAUUCUUCCGGAAAAGCCUCAGAAACGAUGAUGCAAUACCAAAUUGUGUCGGAUUUUACCAGGAUCCUUUCUCUAAGACUACAUCAUCUCCUCCCUCAGGGUCAGCGUUACGGCUUUUGGUCAAUUCUUCAACCCUAAUCUUCGACCUACGCCCAGGAAUCAAUGGCUUUAAUGGUUCUGCUCACGGUGGUCUCAUUUCUGCUUUGAUGGACGAGGCCAUGGGUAGUAUGAUUUUUGUCAACCACGAAGUUUACAAAGACGUCGAGGCACGAAAAGUAACAACACCGCCAAAUGUCAUGAACUUGCACGGCAUUGCGAUGUUCACUGCGAGCAUGAAUGUUCGUUUUCAGAAGCCUUUGGCUACUCCCCACAUUGUGUUAGUGACGGCGACGUUGAAUAGGAUUGAGGGGAGAAAGGUCUUUAUAGAUGUCACUGUGAAGAACGAGAACGGUGUAAGGUUUGCUACAUGUGAUGGGAUGUGGAUAUCAGUACCAAAAGAGAAACUAUGA